UGCUGGCAGGUACAGGAAGAGCGGUGGCUGCUGUGCUGAAUCAUACCUGGCACACGGCCUGUUCACUCAUCCUCCUGACAGAUGGCGCCACUUCUCACAUCACCAUCUUUAAGGAGCUGGAUAAGCUGCAGUUUCCUGGAGGAAUGGCAGUGUUUGAGGUGGCGCUGGACAGCCAGGAUGUUAAUGUGACACAGAUGAAGUUUUCCCAGGUGAUCCGUCACGCCCGGCAGGUGCGGCAGUUGUCAAGGUGUGUGACGGUAAUGUUGGUGAGUAGUGACCAAGAGUUCCUCGCUGCAUUUGCCGAGUGGUCCCUCAAGGGUCGCCUUCUAGUAUGGUCAACACGGCUCCUCAUCAUCACUCAACAGCCAUUACAGGAAUUGAGGACCCUUAUGUCCACUCACUGGACUUUUUCAAUGUUGAAUGUCAUCCUGAUAAACUUGGACAUGGGUCAAGAAUUAAGGUGCGGAGUGUACACUCACCUGCCGUACAGCCCCAAGGGAGCCAGGUUAGUGCGAUUGGCCACAUGGACAAACACCCAAGGACUUGUCUCCAUCACCCGCAUCCCAAUAUUUCCCAACAAGUUCUCCAAUUUUUAUGGAUCGUCAGUGAAUGUAACAGCCUUGACCUAUGCACCUCAUUGGAUGACCUCUGGUAGUGGCAGUAACACACAGUAUGCUGGCAUGGAUUAUCUCUUGCUUAAGACUAUAGCUGAUGCCCUCAAUUUUACCAUCCACGUGCUGCCAUCUGCCUCCUGGAAAGAAGUAACUGAUCAAGUGGAGGCUCGGAGAUCAUUCGUGGCGAGUAUCGUCUACGUAGUUCUUCCUUCUCGUAUGGAGAAGUAUGAUUUUACGCAAAUAUUUGACUUUACUCCAUUUUGCUUUGCUACCUCGAAGCCAGAAUUGAAACCUCAGUGGCAGAGCCUCUACAAACCUUUCACCAAAGAUGUGUGGGGUGCAAAUCUAGUUGCUAUUAUACUUGUAACUGUGGCCUUUCACAUGAAAUAG